GUAGAAUAGCGGUGUACCGGCUGCUACGCGCUCAGUCUGUGUUCGACAGUGUCGAAGAAUAGUGCUGCUGAAAGAGUAUUUAUUGAGUUUCAGGUCCACGAUUUGUGAGUCUUUUGUCUCCAGAUUUAAAGUUUUUUAUACCAUGGACGAAUGGUACGUUUAUUGAUGGAAUUCUCACCGAAUACAGCAUUAAUGUUUCGAGCGACUGCUGCAGCAUUUUGGCCUCUUUUGCAUUCAUAUAAAAAAAAAAUGGCAACGUUAAAAGAUCAACUUUUAACUACUGUCACGGAUCAUGUGCCAAUUGGUAGAAAUAAAAUCACAAUAGUUGGUGUGGGUCAAGUUGGAAUGGCCUGUGCUUUUAGUAUUUUGACAAACCAUGUUUCAAGUGAUGUGGUAUUAAUCGACAUGAUGAUAGACAAGUUAAAAGGAGAGAUGUUGGAUUUACAACAUGGCAGUUCAUUUAUGAAAAAUGCAAAAAUCAAUGCUAGUACAGAUUACGCCGCUACUGAGAAUUCGAGUCUCUGCAUUGUUACAGCGGGUGCCCGUCAGCGUGAAGGCGAAACCAGGCUGGAUCUGGUUCAACGUAACACUGACAUUUUCAAAGGCAUCAUUCCUCAGUUAGUCAAAUAUAGCCCGAACACGAUUCUCUUGAUCGUUUCCAACCCUGUAGAUAUUUUAACAUACGUGGCGUGGAAACUCUCCGGCUUGCCAAAGAAUAGAGUCAUUGGUAGUGGUACGAAUUUGGAUUCUGCCCGUUUCCGCUUCCUGUUAUCUCAAAGACUUAACGUCGCACCUACAUCCUGCCAUGGGUGGAUUAUUGGAGAGCAUGGGGACACCAGUGUGCCCGUGUGGUCUGGAGUUAAUGUUGCUGGAGUGCGUUUGCGUGAUAUCAACGAGUAUGUGGGUACUGAUAAAGAUAAGGAACAUUGGAACGAAUUACAUAAACAAGUAGUACAAAGCGCGUAUGAGGUGAUCAAGUUGAAGGGCUAUACUUCUUGGGCUAUUGGUCUCAGCGUAUCGCAUCUUGCGUCAGCAAUAUUAAGAAAUUCCAAUCAAGUGCAUGCUGUCUCCACUCUAGUUACUGGUUAUCAUGGAAUUAAUGAAGAAGUGUUUUUAUCCUUACCUUGCACAUUGGGUGAAGAUGGCGUCACACACAUCGUUCAGCAGAAGUUAACAGACGAUGAGCUUGCAUCGUUACAUAAAUCUUCAUCAACGAUGCACAAAGUGCAACAAGGCCUUAAAUUUUAAAAGAAUAUAUUAUCUUUACCUAUGUAUUUUAUUAGUUUAA